AUGAGCGGGCAUCAUUCGCGGCAGCGCCAGCAUCGGCGCCAGAACUCAACACCAUCCGCCUUCGACGCAGUCAAGAUCGCACCGCUGCCAAAUCUGCAACAGCGUCGCCCCGUAUCUCACCGCCGCGGCCUCAGCCUCGACACCCGAGCGCACCACCAACCACUAGCCCCCGCCCCGCCAACCGGCCUGCGACAAGAGUAUGUGCCGGUAGAGGCCACGACACCGCAGAAUCUGCUGCGGCAGCCAGGUCACCAGCAACGUUCGGCACGUCCGGCACUAAGUCAGGCCGCAUUCGCGGAACUUGAAGCGGCGGACAACUUCUUGGUCUCGCCGCAAGUCACACCGCAGAGCCGACGGUUCACCAAUGCCAUGGCAGCGGGCCAGGGCCAGCUCCCCGACCUAUCCGGCCUUCCCUUUGAUACCUACGCGGGGGCCCCGGCCCUGUUCGAGCGUUCAGUCAACCGGCUAGGCGACCACAACAUGGAGCCCAGUCAGGAGUUUGACUUCUUCGCUCCCGACAGUGCUCUAUCGACACCGAGCUUUCUGACCUUUCCCGACUCGAGCCCUGGUGGCUUAGGCGAGGGCUGGGGCUCGGAGAGUGAGACGGCCAGCACAUCGCGAAAGUCAUCCCGGCGGGUCAGCAACGGGAUUAUGAACAAGGCGGCCAAGCUUGAUGCGAUGGGAAGCGGAUUCGAGGGUGCAGAUCGGCCAUGCACACCGAACAGCCAGAUCGCCAGUGAUUACUUCCCGCAAACGCCGGUAGAAGCAUCAGUGAAGCAGGAAGCGACAUCACAUCACCCUCCAAACCGAUUCUCCGAGGGCUACGACGAGUCUAUGGAAGAAACCCUCAAGCCGAUCCGUAUUAGGAACCCGAACCGCGCCUCGGGCAUCUUCCAAGACCUCCGGCAACAAGCAGAAGCCAUGGCUCACACCCCGCCACGCGCAGGCAACAUCCCCAUGGCGAUCAACAACCAGGCGCUGCGAACACCCGAGUUUAUGAACAUGCGCAAUAUCAGCGCCGAGUUCAGGAAGAUCGAGCGCGAGUUUGGCAGCUUCCCUGAGAGCCCCAUGGAUGCACCGUCGAUGUUCUCGUUCAUGAAGUCUGACAGCUCCAUGGAUGACAAGACCCCCUUUCCUGCGCUGUCCCUUGAGGGCAACGACAUUCCGCAUCUAGGACCCCCUUCCCCGGUCAGCGGGACACCAUCUCGGCGGACCUCUCCGCAUCAUCGCCGGACCGAGUCCGUGGCCUCAGUAACCAGCGCGGCCAGCAUCGCGGAUAUCAACAUCGAAGAGACCAAGACGGAAACGGGCGUGACCCUCGAGGAGAUCUCGGCGUUUAUCCAGGGGCCCGACCCGACCGACGGCAAGUGGCGGUGCCUUUACGAAGGGUGCAACAAGCCGUUUGGGCGCAAGGAGAACAUCAAAAGCCACGUACAGACCCAUCUCAACGACCGACAAUACCAGUGCCCAACAUGCAAGAAGUGCUUUGUCCGGCAGCACGAUCUCAAGCGGCACGCCAAGAUCCAUACCGGUAUCAAACCGUACCCGUGCGAGUGUGGCAACAGCUUCGCCCGGCACGACGCACUUACACGCCAUCGACAGCGCGGCAUGUGCAUCGGAGCCUUUGAUGGUGUUGUCCGCAAGGUGGUCAAACGCGGGCGGCCCAAGAAGAUCCGGCCCGACAUGGACGAGCGGCGCGACAAAGCCGAGCGAACGCGACGCAAGAACAAGCUCGGCUCAACCAGCUCGGCCAACUCAGCCUCCAGCCAGUCCGGCUACUCGGACGUCUCAGGCGCCAACUCGCCCAACAGCCAGCACGACUUCGACGGCCUGCUCGACGACGACCACUUCUCGGACAUCCUAUCCUCAUCCAUUGCGUCGCUCCCCAGUGUCACCGGUGCUGAUGUCAUCACAACAACCACCACUCUCGCAGCCCUAACGGCUGCAUCCUCACUACCCCCAGCCACAACCACCAUGGCCGACGUCUUCCCAACACCCACCACCACCGCCGGCCUCUCUCCAUCAGCCAUGAGCUCCUUCAGCAGCACCAGCACCUCCUUUUCUCACCACCACCAACAACACCCCCAAAUCCACCACGCCCACCACUAUCAACCUCCGUCCCGCCCCCAAUCUACAGCCAGCCACUACGCAAACACCACUCACUUCAACCCACCGCCCAAUCAUCAUCAUCACCACACACCCCCAUCGCCGACCAAAUCCCUGCCCCCUUCCUCCUCCCAACCACACCCCACCCACAUUCAAUACACCCACGCCCACCCUACCCCACCAGACGAUAACCUCUCCUCUCCACGCUCUCCGCCGCCCUUCCUGCCCGCAUCGUCCUCGUCGUCGUCUGACUCGUCGUCAGCCGCGUCGCGGUUCUUUGACCUCGAUUCUGGGAAUGGGGAUAGUUCGGGCAUCGCGGGUGGUCUUGGGCAUAGUGUUGGGACUGCUGGGAGUGGAUGUGGCGUUGGUGGUGGGAGUGGUGGUGCGGCAGAGGAGAUGUUGUUGCUUCCUGGAGCGGGAGUUGGUGGACAAGAGGAUGAGGAUGGGUUUGAUCCGGUGAGUAUGUUUACGAGUGGGGAGGAUGUGUUUUUUGGGACGGCUUGA